UCCCUUUGUACCACGUCGGUGUCUUCCUCCUGUCCUACCUUGCCACUGACGGGCUCUUUCCAUCCAGCCGGCUGUGCAGAAGCAGAGUCCUCUGGGCCAGUAUAGCACUCUGUGCUUUCCUUUGCUCCUUGCUUCUCCGUGGGAGAGCAAAAAGGCUCUGGAGAUGGACCUGUCCUACAGAUCCACCAUCUCCAUCUAUAAGAGCAUCCUGGAGCAGUUCAACCCUGCGCUGGAGAACCUGGUGUACCUGGGGAACAACUACCUGCGUGCCUUCCACGCAUUAUCCAAAGCAGCUGAAGUGUAUUUUAAGGCAAUCGAGAAGAUUGGGGAGCAAGCGCUGCAGAGUUCCACCUCACACAUGCUGGGUGAAAUUCUGAUGCAGAUGUCCGACAUGCAGAGACUCCUGAGCUCUGAUUUGGAGGUUGUGGCUCAGACCUUCCACGUGGACCUGCUGCAGCACAUGGAGAAGAACACCAAAAUGGAUGUGCAGUUCAUCAGUGAGAGCCAGAAGCAGUACGAGCUGGAGUACCAGCGCAGAGCCACCAACCUGGAUAAGUGCAUGGCAGAGCUGUGGAGAAUGGAGAGGGCCCGUGAUAAAAAUGUCCGGGAGAUGAAGGAGAACGUGAUGCGACUGCGCUCGGAGAUGCAGGCAUUUGUCUCCGAGAGCCAGAGGGAGGCUGAGCUGGAGGAGAAACGCCGCUACCGCUUCCUGGCUGAAAAGCACCAGAUGCUCUACAACACUCUCCUUCAGUUUUACAGCAGGGCCCGGGGCAUGAUCCAGACCAAGGCGCCACGGUGGAAGGAGCAGCUGGAGGCCAGUCGCAACCCCUCAAACAGCCACUCGCAGGGUCUUCUCACGGCUUCCCACGGCCAGGGGUAUCCAUCGGGACGGCUCACCCCCACCCACCUUGACACGCCCCAGAGACCCCUUGGAGACUUUGGUUCUCCCAUGACUGGGAGUAGAUCCAGCAUCUUCUCUCCGGAGCCUCCAGAAAUGACACUGUCUCCUCAACCAGAGCCCCCCAGGCGACCACUGCGGAGGACACCAUCAGCCGGUUUGCUCCCUACGGGCCGUACCUCCCGUUCGGGUUCUUUCGGUGAGGCCAGCAGCGGCAGUGAAGGCAGGAGGAGGAGUGGCAUGGUGAGAGUGCAGGCUAUCGUGCCCCACACAACGGGUGCCAACCGGACCCUGCUACGGUUUGACCCCGGGGAUGUCAUCACGGUGCUGAUGCCGGACGCGCAGAAUGGCUGGCUGUAUGGCAAGCUGGAGGGCUCGUCCACAUGCGGCUGGUUCCCUGAAGCUUAUGUCAAGCCUCUGGAGGAUGCGAGGGAGAUUGAGGAGCCAGCCACCAGAUCCUUCCCAUUGCGAAGCAGUCACAGUAUGGAUGACAUCCUGGACCGUCCCAGCACCCCUUCCUCUAGCAAUUACUGGCCUGCUGCUGCUCAGCCCAGUUUGCCGAACCCACCUCCCCUGUCAGUGGGUGCCAGCAGUCACCACAGUGGGGUGGCCACCCCAGUCAGUUCUGGCUCCAAGAAAUCAGGAGUAUUUGACCAGCCCCCUGAGCUGUUCCCACGAGGUACCAACCCCUUUGCCACAGUCAAGCUGCGUCCCACGGUCACCAACGACCGCUCGGCACCCGUCAUCCGAUGAAUCAGGGCUGCGGACGGCGGAGAAUUUCAGCAGGGAGAGGGGAGGCAUACAAGUGACGGGCUGUGACCCCCAGCUGGGCAGCAACCUAGUGCUACCAUUUACUUUUCCCCUCCCUUCCCUCCAGGUCAUGGGGACUCGUCUCGCCUGGCUAUCUGGCACGCUUUAGCCAGCAGCAGAUCCCUGCUGCUUUUUCUGGAUUGCCUCCUGCCCCCCCUCCCCCGUGUGAUGUUACUGUACUUGAGUGGGAGAAGUCUGGUGUUACCGAUGCUGGUGGCCUAGGAGAGGGGAUGUUGCUGGUCUGGGAGGCAGAGGGAUGGAUAGGUAAGAUCACCUGCAGUGUGGGGCAGUGCUAGCAGGAUGAGGAAGGCGAAGCUUUCCUAGCCCUACUGUGGGCAGAGGACACUCGCUGAACAGUCCCUUUGCUACCAGAAGAAUGAGCCUCAAAGGCAGAAGGCCACAAGAAAGCUUCCAGCGAUGUGGUCCAGCUGACGGGGUCUGAAGCAUGUAGCUCUCUGCUCUCAGCCCCUUUGGCAACCAUGUCAAUUUGUAGCAGCAUCUGCCCCUUCUCAUCCCCGGCACAGCCCUUUCCCUUGCUGGGCAAGGCUGGGGCAGGUGACAGUGCCCAGUGCUGCUGCCCUGCUCCUUCACCUGUUGUCCUGUGGAAAAAAAAUUGUUUGGGUUUGGGUUUUUUUUUUUUAAAUAAAAUGGAG